AUGGGACUCGGGGGUAAAGCUGAUGUUCAGACUGAUAAUGAAGCAACAGCAACAACAACGAAUUCCGAUGGAACCACAAUAUCUUGGGACGAAAUCGAAAAACAUACAGCAAAGAAUGAUCGAUGGUUUGUUAUCGAUAAUAAAGUUUACAAUGUAACUAAAUGGUUGAAACAUCCGGGUGGACAAGCUGUGCUAAAUCAUUAUGCUGGUCAAGAUGCAACGGAAGCUUUUCGCGCGUUUCACCGUGAUAUCCCUCGUGUACAAAAAUAUCUUAAACACUUAUAUGUCGGGGAUGUUGAAAAUACCACAGUCACAGGACACAACGAUACUAGAAAUAAGUUAGCACAUAAUAUUGAAAAUCUAAAACUAAAAGAAGAUUUUGAAGAACUAAGACAAAAAGCACAAGAAAUGGCUCAAACUGGUUGGCUACAACAUGAUUUUGGCCAUUUAUCUGUGUUUUCAACAUCAAAAUGGAAUCAUUUAUUACAUCAGUUUUACAUCGGAUUUGUUAAAAUUGACAAAGAUCCCGAUGUUCGAAUCGAGUCAAUGUUUUUAAUUGGCAAUAUCGCUAAAAAAAAUGCCAAAUACGGGAAAAAAAUGCCAUAUAAUUUCCAACAGUUUUAUUUUUUCGUUGCUGCUCCACUAUUGUUUCCACUCUAUUUUCAAUUUAUGACUAUUCGCCACGUUUUUGUACGACGAAAAUGGACGGAUUUAUCCUGGAUGGUAUUAUUUUAUAUUAAACUGUUUACAUUGCUCACCUUAAAACUCGGAUUUUUAAGCACAAUCAAAUAUCUUUUUCUGUUACGUUUGUUUGAAAGUACGUGGUUUGCUUGGGUAGCUCAAUCCAAUCAUGUUGUUAUGGAUAUCCUUGAGGAUAAAUCUAAUUUAUCGUGGGUCCGAAUGCAAUUACAAGCUACUUGUAAUAUAGACAAAUCGAUUUUUAACGAUUGGUUUACGGGUCAUUUAAAUUUUCAAAUUGAACAUCAUUUAUUUCCAACGAUGCCACGUCAUAAUCUUUAUAAAAUUCAACCUCUUGUUAAAUCUUUGUGUGAGAAAUAUAAUAUUAAAUAUGUUUGUAAGCCAAUGAUGACAGCAUUUAUAGAUAUAUUCCUUUCAUUAGAGAAAUCUGGUCGAUUAUGGCAUGAAAGUUAUAUGGAAUUAAAAAUGGCGGAUGAUCAAAAACAACUAUUUAAAAUUGACACGCGUAAACGUAUAGCACUUGUCGCUCACGAUAAUAAGAAAAUAGAAUUGAUAGAAUGGAUAAAGCGAAAUCGUGAAAUAUUGAAACAACACGAUCUGUGUGCGACUGGGACUACAGGCAAACUAAUUGAAAAUGAACUCGGACUACCAGUUACAAAAUAUAAAUCUGGACCACUAGGAGGUGAUCAGCAAUUGGGCGCAAAGAUCGCUGAAGGUCUCAUCGACAUAUUAAUAUUUAUUUCUGAUUCAUUAGAACCACAACCACAUGAUAGUGAUGUGAAAGCAUUGCUGCGAUUAGCGAAUGUUUGGAAUAUUCCAACAGCUUGUAAUUUAGCAUCCGCUGAUUUUAUCUUGACAUCACCGUAUAUGUCAUCAUCUUAUACUCGUGUUGUUGACUCAUUUGAAAAUUACUUUAAUCGUUCUAUUGUCAAGAGACAUUGA